AUGAAGCCUCACCGGAAAAGGUGUGUCCGGCCAACGUCACCGGAAAAGGGAUCAAAGCAUUUUAUGAAAGCCAUACUUCGCUCGCCCAUUCAUGCCAAGCAAAUUAGAAUUCCAGAUGAGUUUAUAACAAGAUUUGGGAACGAACUCAAGGAUGUUGUUACAAUUACUGUUCCGGAUGGCCGAGUUUGGGAAAUGGAAGUCGAGAAACGCGGUGACGAGGUUUACUUUUGCAACAAAUGGCAAGAGUUUGCAGAAUACUACUGUAUAGGAUAUGGUUGCUACCUGUGUUUCAAAUAUGAAGGAAAUUCAAAAUUUUGUGUUAUCUUAUUUGAUAUCACUUCUGUUGAAAUUUCCUACCCAUUCAAAACAAGUGAGAAUGGUGGUGAACAGGUGAAAAUCAUGUGUAAUUCUGAUUCUAAGAGCUCAGAGGAUGCUGCCAAUGAAUUCAAUCCAAACAACCCUUAUUUUCGUUCCAAAAUUAAUAAAGGAAAUAAUGCGCAUGUUCCGGUUGAUUUUGCUUCAAAGUAUCUCAAGUCAAAUGUUGGUAUGAAGCUCGAAAAUUGUCAUGGAGAGCAGUGGGAAGUUUUUGCUAUGUCGCGUAAUGCCACAUCAUUGGGGAAAAUGCAAAUAACAAGAGGAUUCUCUAAAUUUCAAAGGGACAACAAUCUGUCAGAGGGAGAUAUUUGUGUGUUUGAGCUGAUCAUGGAGAAUCCGGUUGUGCUAAAAGUCACAAUGUUUCGCGCAGGUGACUAUGGUGAUUAA